UAUGAAUUCCUCUCAUAAGAUUCUUACUAACAUCAACUACAUCAGCCAUAUCAUUAAAUAUUACGGCUAUCUGCAGGAGUGAGCCAACCUAUUUAGAAGACUAUGCAAGAAGUCCCAAUCUGAGUGGGACCAGAACCAAAAGGCAAUAAUAAAUGUAAUCAUGAACACCCCAGAGGCAAGGAUGGUAAUCAAUCUUGGACAUGAAAUAAACCCUCAUGUUUUGGAGUUUUUAAUAAAUGGAGAUAAAUUUAACUAUUAUGCAAUUGAGUGCUCUUUAGCUGAGAAAAAAACAUUUUAAGAUCUUUAUCAGCUUCUUGGAAAUGGUUUCUGAAAGAAACAAAGAACUAGGAAUAUGAAACCCUAAAUUGUUCACAAAAGUGAUGAUAGGCUGCAAAUAAAUCACUAUCUAUACAUCUAAAGUUUGUCAAGAACUGCAUCAAGAUGGAGAACCACUGGACAUUAUCAAAAUUAUUCAAGACAACGAAAUUAAAAUAACAGCUCUGAUUGAGUUUACAUUGACAUUAUUAAGUGCUGGCCAUCCACCUUCGUUGAUUUAUAUCCUCGAUGAGGAAUUUUAGAAUUUGAUGUAUGUUGAGAAGAAAUCAAUCCUGUUCUUCAAAAACAUUUUGAGAUUCUACAGAUUCAUCCAGAGAGUUUGAGCAAAGUUUCUGAAGUAAUGACUCAACUUGGCUCUCAAAAUGUUCACUGUAAGUCAAUAUCAUUUGAUAGCUCAAUGGCUCCCCUUACUCAAAGAUUAAAUAGAGAAAUGCUAGAUUUUAAUAAAGGAAUUUUGGCUCAAAACUUGGAGGAUGUGCUAAAAUAUUUUCCUAAGGUGACUACGAUCAGAAUUAAACAAAGAUAUAAUUCUCAAGAUCUGGAUGCUUUCCAAAUAAUGAUUCAGAGCAAAGAUAACAGCACUUCACGCUUGGCUAACAUCAAUUCUCUCUACUUUAACACUUGCCAAGACAAGAAUGAGAAAGUUCUUCACAUAAACAAAUCAAAAGUUGAAUUUAUCAUUAAAAUACACUCAGAUACUUCUGGAUAUGAUGAAUUUUAUGUCUUACAGGCAAAUUCUUUUGAGUAUUAUUGCCAAUCAUACGUCAGUUUUGAUCAAGUAGAUGACAUUUUAAUCUUGAAAAGAUCUUCUCAUAACUUCUACCAGUUCAAGAUCAAAAACUACAAGCUGCUCUACACCGAAAAAGAAGCCUUGCAGCAUGAAAGAUAUUCUGAAUAUAUCAAGAAGCUGUCAGAGCUUAAAGACUUGAAGGUUGCUGACAUCUGCUUGAUAGGUGUAACAGAAAGAGUUUUUAAGAGUACAGCAAUGCAAAUGAUAGUUUCCAAUAAACUAAGUAAUCACAGACCUCAUUACUUCAUUGAAGCUUAUAAGUGAACAAGUUAUUCAUUAUAUGACUGAGUUAAGUAUGAUAAAGUUGCACCUCUUUUAGAAUCUUUGAAGGGACAACUCGUAUCUGUGUACUUUCUGAAGGAGUUCUCAGGUCAUGAGAUCUUUAGAGAUAUUAAUCUUGAUAAGCCAGAACCUGAGUCAGACCAAGAAAGUUCAAAGUCUCAAGGAAACGAGGAUAAUGAGUCUUCAAAUUCCAAACAGAAGGAUGAAGACUCAGAAUCUAGUGAAUUUUAUUUUGAUAUGUGAUCAAAAUGAAAGAAAAACAAUGGAUAUGGAAAAUUCAUAGAAUUUCUUGAUAAACUUGAAGACUGUCACACUCUUGAGUUUAGAUCAGAAGCCCUUCAUAACGAUAGGAAAGACUGUAAAGAAAGACUCUUACAGUUUUUAAAAAAUAACACUAAACUUCGAGACCUUGAGAUUGCUACCCCAAAUAAGGAUUUCUCUAUCCAGGUAUUAGAUUCGCUCACAAACAAUUAUUCUCUGAGGACAUGUAUCCUUGAAGAUUAUGGUUAUGGAGAAAGUGAAAAGAAGGAUGAGUACGACAAAAAAGUCAAAGAGUUCAGCAAAGAUAGGUUUGAUCUAGAGUUAUCCUCCAAAACCUCCUCUUUCUACACAAACUACCCUGACACAAUCUAAUCCCAUUUCUGAUAAAUUCUAAUACACCUUCAAUCC